UGAUGGCCGCCCUCACUUGGACAAAAUUACGAAGUGUUCUUAGAUAUUUUGGUCACAGUAGCUUACUUAAAGCUCGUUUUCGAUAUUCUCAAAAGUAUGAGCAUUUAUGUAUACUUAGUAAAUGUAACGAUGGCUUUAUUCAACCUGUCAAUGUAUUUUAUACGAGAAGAAGUACUGUGAGAUAUGAUGCCUUUACCUUAGAAUCGCGCAAUUAUACAUCAGCAUCGAGGAGACGCCAGCUGGUAUUGGGCAUUGAGACAAGCUGUGAUGAUACAGGUGCAUCUGUGGUUGAUGAUCAAGGAGCAGUGCUUGGUGAAGCAUUAAACACUCAGCAGAAAAUACAUUUAAUGCAUGGUGGAAUUAUUCCUCCAGUAGCCUGUCGUUUGCAUGCAGCGAAUAUUGAAGAAGUUGUCAACACUUGCUUGAAGAGAUCAGGAGUCUCACUGGAGGAAAUAGAUGCAAUUGCUACUACAGUUAAACCAGGAAUGCCACUUUCACUUGCUGUUGGUACCGAAUAUGGGAAACAGCUAGCAUUGAAUGCUAGAAAACCAUUUAUACCAAUUCACCAUAUGGAAGCACAUGCCCUUACUGUCCGUAUGGUAGAACAGAUUGAAUUCCCAUUUCUGGUUUUGUUAGUCUCAGGAGGCCAUAGUUUGUUGGUGUUGGCUCAUAGUGUUGACAGGUGGUCAAUUAUUGGUCAAACUGUUGAUGAUGCACCUGGAGAAGCACUUGAUAAGGGUGCACGUCGGCUGAAGUUGCGCAACCUUCCCGAGUGCUCAUCCAUGUCUGGUGGUCAAGCUAUUGAGCAUUUGGCCAAAGAAGGAAAUCCCAGAGCCUACGAUUUUCCAACACCAAUGUGGAAGUACAGGGACUGUACCUUCAGCUUUUCAGGUCUAAAACACUCGCUGUUGAAACUGAUCACAAAGUUAGAGAUGGAGUUUGAGGUUGAGGGUGGUAAUAUUAUUCCACCUAUCAGAGAUGUAUGUGCAUCAUAUCAGUAUGCUAUAACCAAACAUCUAGUCCGGCAGACUCAAAGAGCUAUGGUUUACAACGACAUACGUGGUUUGCUUCCUAAGGAGAAUUUGAAACUGGUAUUGUCUGGCGGUGUGGCUUGCAAUAACUACAUUCGCAGUGCUCUCCAAAAGUUAUGUGAGGCUACAGGUUACCAGCUUUUAUGCCCUCCACCCAGAUUAUGCACAGAUAAUGGAAUUAUGAUUGCAUGGAAUGGUAUGGAAAGGUGGAAGGCCCAGUCAGGGGUUAUCUAUGAUGAAGAAACAAUAAAAAACAUUAACAUCCAAGCAAAAUGUCCUAUUGGAGUGGAUUUGACAGAAGAUGUUCGUAGUCUGGGAAUCAAAAUUCAGAAAUGGGUCAAAUUUAGAUGAUGCUCAUAGAAUAUUGUAAUUUGUUAUUCUUUUCGAUUGUGUAUUAAAAGAAAUUGAAGUUCAUUUUAAAGAUCAGUAUAAAAAGGAAUAUUGAUACUAACUGUUUUGUAUUUCCUGAGAGAGAUUUAACUAUAAACUUCACAUGACUGAUUUAAGGCAAACCAGAUUAUGUGGUGUUUUUACUGUUUAUUAUGAAAAUGCAUUGUUUUAAAGAUAUUUUGUUUCAUUUUUUAAAAUAGAUUUUAAUGUUAAUCCACAAAACAAAUUUGAUACUUGAAUAAAAUUACCCUUGUUGUUCUUUGAGAGGAAAUUCCAUUGACCAUAUUGCAGAACUGUCAGACAAAAUAGUUUGAAUUUCUUUGCUCUGUUCAUUAUUGGUGAAAUAAACGUAAUGAAACAUUAA